AUGGAGGAGCAGCGGGAUCUGAACAGCACGGAUAGCAGCGAGGGAGAGAGCGUCUCCCCGUCUCCCAGCCUGCCCUCGCCUCCCAUUCUCCCUCUGCAGGUCGCGCAGCAGGCCCACAGAACCACCAACUUUUUCAUCGACAACAUUCUGCGACCGGACUUCGGCUGCAAGAAGGACCACGUUCUGGGAUCGCGGGAGAGGGCGCAGACCUCCGGCCGGGAGCGCGUUCACUCGUUGGUCAGCAGGCCAAGUCUUCCCGGGACGCCGUCCCAGGAUUCCAACUGCAGCAGUGACAGCACUUCGUCCUCCACGUCCUCAACCUCUUUGGCGAGUCCCAAAAAGAGCAACGGCAGCGGCGGAGGAGCCGCAGCCGCCGCCGCUCCCGGUGGAGACGGCGGCGGCGGCGUGAAAGCCGAGGAAAGGACUGGCGGCGGAGCCGGGGAGAACACCUCCUCGUCGCUUGUGGUGCUGAACGGCACCGGGGCGCCCACACCCGAGAGCCAGCCGCUGCUCUGGCCUGCCUGGGUCUACUGCACCCGGUACUCGGACAGGCCUUCAUCUGCUGGCCCAAGGACACGGAAACUGAAAAAGUCGAAAAGCGGCAAAGAGGACAAGCGGCCGCGCACGGCCUUCACAGCCGAGCAGCUGCAGAGACUGAAGACGGAGUUUCAGGUGAACCGCUACAUCACGGAACAGCGGCGGCAGUCUCUGGCCCAGGAGCUCAACCUCAACGAGUCCCAGAUCAAAAUCUGGUUUCAGAACAAGCGGGCCAAAAUCAAAAAGGCCAGCGGCUUCAAGAACGGGCUUGCGCUGCAGCUGAUGGCGCAGGGACUGUACAACCAUUCCACCACUACCAUCCAGGAAGACAAGGAGGACAGCGACUGA